AUGAAAGAAAAAAAUGGGCUUGGAGAGUUUUAUUUAGACGAUUUAUCAGAUUGUCCUGACACUUAUCCAGGAAGUGAUAGUGGUGAUGAAAGUGAUGUCAGCGAAAUAAUAAUUCAGAAGCAAGAUUCUGCAUUGCCACUGAUAUAUAGUGAUUCAGAAGACGACGAAAUAAGUAACAUCGAAGACGAUGCAAAUAACGUUGAAGAUGAUGAUAUAUGGUCGACGAACGACGAAGCAGUAAUUUUGGAACCUUUCGAAGGCAGCCCAGGCAUAAAAAUUAUGCCAAGUUCUCAAGAAAAUGUGAUGGAUAGUGUAAAUUUAUUUCUCGGAAUUGACUUUUUCGAGCACUUGGUGAGGGAAUCCAACAGGUAUCAUUACCAGGUCAUGGAAAAAUAUAAAACUCCAUCAAGAACGAAAAAAUGGACAGAUAUAACGGUACCGGAAAUGAAGAAAUUUUUAGGGCUAAUAGUUCUAAUGAGUCAGGUAAAAAAAGACGCUCUCUACGACUAUUGGUCCACUGAUCGAAGUAUAGAAACGCCAUUCUUCUCGCAAGUCAUGAGCAGAAACAGGUUUGUGCAAAUAAUGCAGAGCUGGCAUUUUUGCAACAAUGACAACAUUCCGCACAAUGCACAUAGGCUUGCUAAAAUCCAGCCUGUCAUUCAUUAUUUACAGCGAAAAUUUAACGACGUAUAUAAACCUAGUCAACAAUUAUCUUUGGAUGAGUGCAUAAUUCCGUGGAGAGGUAGACUAUCGAUUAAAACGUAUAAUCCCGCAAAAAUUACAAAAUACGGAAUACUUGUGAGAGUGCUGUGUGAAGCUGUCACAGGUUACGUAUGCAAUUUUCACGUGUAUGCUGCUGAUGGCGAAAAAUUAGAAGAUACUGUUUUAACGGUCAUUGAACCAUAUAAGAACAUGUGGCACCACGUUUAUCAAGACAAUUACUAUAACAGUGUGAAAAUGGCUAAAAUUCUGCUGAAAAAUAAAGUGCGACUGUGCGGAACCAUUCGGAAAAAUAGAGGUCUUCCUCGAUCGCUCCAAACAUUACGACUUUCGAGAGGUCAGUAUGAAUUUCGCAGGAAUCAGCAAAUUUUGUUACAAGUAUGGAAUAAUGGCAAAAGAAAUGUCAAUAUGAUUUCAACUAUACAUUCUGCACAAUUAACGGAAUCCAGCAGCAGAAGUAAAAGAUCACAUGUCCCAAUACAAAAACCUAAUUCCAUCGUACAUUACAAGAAAUAUAUGAAGGGCGUAGAUCGCGCGUACCAAUAUCUAGCAUAUUAUUCCAUUUUCAGAAAAACAAAAAAAUGGACUAAACGGGUUGUAAUGUUUCUCAUCAACUGUGCACUUUUUAAUUCAUUUAGAGCAUGCAUAGUUCUAAACGGAAAAAGUAUUACGUACAAGGAUUUCCUGCACAAAGUGGCAGUUUCGUGGAUACAAGAUAAUGAAACUAAUUGUAUGGAAGAAGAUGAUGAUCUACCUAGUCCUGCACCCACAAGGAGAGCACCCAAAUUAGACCAUCCCGGAAGGCUGUCGAAUUUCGGAAAACAUAAACUUGUAAAUAUAGUGACCAGCGGUCGAAGUGUGAAACCGCAAAGACAAUGCAGAGUUUGUGCUGUUCAAAAAAAAAGAAGUAGAACAUGUUUUGUUUGCAAAUUUUGCAAUGUUCCAUUACAUAAAGGCGACUGUUUUGAACGAUAUCAUACCUUGAAAAAAUAUUAA